AACAUUGUGUGAAUUUAUAAAAUUAUAAAAUUGUAAUAUAAAAACAAUGGAUGUAGAUUUGUUACGACCAGGCACUGUGCCUAUAUCUCCUGACACGAUUCUAUGGUUCGAGUUUCUUCUGGACCCGAAUUUACUAAAGAAGCAUCUUAGUAAAACGAAUCCGGAACCUUCAGCCUGUGAGUUAAUAGAAGAGUUUCUAUCAGUGGACACGAAGAAUGGAAACAAGCCCACUAGUGAACGCGUGGUGGACGUGGAUGCUCCACCGACCCCGCCAUCAGCCACCACCCCAGCACCAGCACAGUUCACAAGAAAACAACUGGCCCUCAAGAUCCUAGCUCUGAAAGUUGCUUCCACAUUACAUUGGAAUUUAGAUAUAUUUGAGAACAAGCUACCACCACAGAUACAACAACAGUUAAUGCAGGAUCUGGUGUACAUGUCAACUGAUGCUGCCUUUGCUGUACCCCCACAGGAAAUACCAGCUGAGUUGCUGCAACAACCACAGGUGCAGUUUGCUUUGGUGUUGUACCACAGAUGGGUGGUUCGCUUCCCAGUGAAGGCAGCACUCUAUGCAAAGUCCAACAAAAUGUCUUACAUUCACAUACCUGGUAUGCAGCUAGACAGUGCCUACACUCCGCUGAACCAAAACUUCGAGAAAAUAUUGCGAAUGUGUGAAGCUUCGCGAAUGCAAAGUAUUAUGUUUUUAGACGAAAUAUUAUCGUACUAUGAGCCUACAUCUAGUACAGGCCGGAAAGAAUCCAAAAAAAUUAAAGUUCCUGUGAUGGAAACAUUUAUCCACUUGACUGAAGACUCUUGUGACAUGAACCAUAAUUGGGAUGCUGGUAAUGUUCAAAUCAGCCAGCAUGAACUAGCCAUGCAAAUACAUUUUGACCUGUGCUACAACUAUUUCUUCUAUGGCCAACAUAAUUUGGCCAAGAAACACAUACUUGGCUGUAGAGAGAACUCAAACCUUCUUGAAAGGGAAAUAUCGAUCUAUGGCUACGGGCCCCACAAGCAAAUGCCUUGGGGAGAAUUUUAUUACGCAAGCAUGGCCAAGGAUGAUAUCUUAGGAUAUAUCAGAGCACUUAAUUUGGGUUUUGAAGUGUUAAAUGAAGAACCCUCGUUAUUACAAAAGCUACAGGAUUCCAUAGCGAAUCACUAUACGGGAAUUAUCGCCGUGUUACAAGCAGAUAACUUAACGCGAGAAAUCCCAAUGAUUCAUAGACAAGUUGUCGAACUUGAUAUUCAAGGUUCAGCUUCCAGUGGGGCUUUUACUGUGGCGCGGGAUCUCCUAAACAGAGUAUCUGCGCUAAAUGCGGUCAGAUACGCCCUUGAGGGUGGCUUGCCAUCAACUCACCAAGACUUCUUAAACAAGUUUAAAACAGUCGGCAUCAAGUUUUUCGACCUUUUGUUCUGGGCGCUCGCUCCUGUUUUAAUGUCCGACUUGUCAGAAGCCGAUUGGGAAAACUUGAGAACUUUUUACCUACAUUUAGCAAUAUCACAGAGCAGACUGCCAAUCGAGAGGAUUGAUGAAUAUUUAAAGAAACACAUUGGGGAGUCAGCAGAAACAAUAAGGAAGAAGUUAAUAUCCGAUGAACAGUUGAAAACGAUUCUGAAUGACCCGGUCAACAUCGACGAUGAGAACAUGGAUAUUCCUAAAGAAUUACUAACUGAUGAUUGGGAAAUGCCUGACUUCGAGUGUAAGACUGUGCCGGAGUUAGAAAUGGGUAGAUUGAAAAAGCGUCUCAUUGAGGCUUCGACGGCAGACGAAGUGCGAAUGUGUUUGGUGAAAUUGGCUAUGAUGGCGCCGGCUACGCCUCUGUGGAAGAUCAGUCCGUCAUGGAAGCCAGCGGGAGAGUUGUGUAACGCGUUGAUAUCGUUGCCUAGAGGGUUCCUGCAGGACUUUGGUUACGUAGUGUCGGGGGCGGCGCGGGCGCGGGCUGAGGCAGGAUGCUCUCGCGCGGCGCUGUCCUUGCUGUCCGUGCUGGAGGGCGAGGCCCGCAGCCAGCUGGGCGGGGGCAACGACCCCACGCUGUACCGCCUGUGUCGCCACCUGUCGUGGGAAGUGCUGCUGCUACAGAUUAACGUGGUGCUGAGCGAGUGGCCCCACCACCGCAUCAACCUGUCGGUGCUGGCCAACAAGUGCAAAGCUUGUAUCGCUGCUGUCAACUCUGGCGAUGGCGUCGUUCCUAGACCGCAGGUAAUUGAAGCAUGCUGGAUAUGCUUGAUAAAUGCGUGCGAGUGGGAAGGAGUGGGCAUCACGACUGGACCGGGUGAGGUAGCGGCAGCACUCUGCGCUGCCUGCUUCGAGCUACAACGAGGCAAAGCGACGAGGAAGUUUCCUAGACCUUUAUGGGAUCUUGUUCUGAGUGUAUACGCCACCGGGGCGGCUGGGCCUGUGAAAAGGAACGCGGGCGGAGCACCAACUCACCCGCGGGACGCGCCGGGCGCCGCUGCAGAAGCACGGAACGCAUUCAACGGGUUCCUCUCAACCCUUCGAGAACCUCUCGCAGUCAGCGUGAUGCUCUCUCUCCUGGCCAGGAUACACAACCUCCUCAUAGACGACCCCUCCCUAGAACUAGUGGUAGACUACACCAACCUCUGGCCCAACAACAUCUCCAACACAAAUAGCUACAAUGCCAAGUUCGUUCUGGAAUCUCUCACCGAUUUACUCGAAAGGAGUCUGAAAUUAUAUCCGUAUAAUACAGCAUGGCUCCGUCUAUACGGUGAUGUGGAGAUGGCAGAGGGUAGAUGGGGCGCAGCUCUGCGCAGAUACUUGUGUGGCGCGGCGGCCGGGUCGUGGCACUUCGCGAAGCGCGCGCCCGAUGAGGCCAGCAUAGCGCGCCGCGCCGCGCGCUGCUGCCAGGCCCUCGCCGCGCCCACGCAGGCCGCCGCGCUCUGCCAGCUACCCGACGAGCCAGACUACACCACUGCCUUCAAGUGUCUUGCGGAAAAGACGGGUAACGCAGCGGACGCUAUGGACGGGUACUAUGGGUGUAUAUGGGACGGCACGCUGUUAGAAGUAGCGGUGGCACUGCACGCGCGGCGGGGGGAAGGGGGGCGGCGAGCACGAGCAGUGAGGGCCGCCGGCGCGCUGGAGCUUAACGCCAACAACAGCGAGGACAUCCAGCGCGAGGCCGCCGCCAUACGCCGCGCCAGACUCCUCCGCGCACUCACCAACCAAUACGUCGCCUGAACACAAACCCUGCGCAUACGCACUGUACAUCCUCUCAUGUAGUCAAAUAUUUUGCUACACUCUAUUGUAAGUGUAAUAUACAUAAAUAUAUCAUUAA